UCCUAUUCCGGGUCGGCGCCCCGCUUCCCCGCCGGGGGAUCUGCAUGGGCCACCGCUUCCUGGGCCGUCUCGUACCGCUGCUGCAACUGCUGCCGCCCCUGCAGGCUCGGCGCCGCAUGCUCGGCCCAGUGUCUGUCCCGCCCUACAAACGUCCCCGUGGCGACUUCAUGGCACCACCCCGAAUUGGGACGCACAACGGCACUUUCCACUGCGACGAGGCGCUGGCAUGCGCGCUCCUUCGCCUCCUGCCCGAGUACCGGGAUGCAGAGAUUGUGCGGACCCGGGACCCCGAAAAACUGGCCUCGUGUGACAUAGUGGUGGAUGUGGGUGGCGAGUACGACCCUCAGAGACAUCGAUAUGACCAUCACCAAAGGUCUUUCACUGAGACCAUGAGCUCCCUAUCCCCUGGGAAGCCUUGGCAGACCAAGCUGAGCAGUGCAGGACUCGUCUAUCUGCACUUCGGGCACAAGCUGCUGGCCCAGUUGCUGAGUACUAGUGAAGAGGACAGCAUGGUGGGCACCCUCUAUGACAAGAUGUACGAGAACUUCGUGGAGGAGGUGGAUGCAGUGGACAAUGGAAUCUCCCAGUGGGAGGAGGGCGAGCCUCGAUAUGCAGUGACCACUAAUCUGAGUGCGCGAGUUGCUCGACUUAAUCCCACCUGGAACCAGCCCAACCAAGACACGGAGGCAGGGUUUCAGCGUGCGAUGGAUCUAGUUCGAGAGGAGUUUCUGCAGAGACUAGACUUCUACCAGCACAGCUGGCUGCCGGCCCGGGCCCUUAUGGAAGAGGCCCUGGCCCAGCGGUUCCAGGUAGAUCCAAGUGGGGAGAUAGUGGAACUGGCCAAAGGUGGAUGCCCCUGGAAGGAUCACCUCUACAACCUGGAAUCUGAGCUGUCCCCUCCAGUGGCCAUUGCCUUUGUUAUCUACACUGACCAGGCUGGACAGUGGCGGGUACAGUGUGUGCCCAAGGAGCCCUACUCAUUCCAGAGCCGGCUGCCCCUGCCAGAGCCAUGGCGGGGUCUCCGGGACAAAGCCCUGGACCAGGUCACCGGGAUUCCUGGCUGCAUCUUCGUCCAUGCUAGUGGCUUCAUUGGUGGGCACCACACCCGAGAGGGUGCCUUAAGCAUGGCCCGUGCCACGUUGGCCCAGUGUUCAGCACCUAUGCCUCCCACAAAUCCCUUAGUCCAAUAAAAUGUCUCUCUCAUACUGAUCAAGUCCUUGCCUCAUCAUUGCCCUACACCAUUCUGGGAACUUGCUCAAACGUGAGAAAAGUUAAAGAUCUAUUAUGUGUCAGGUAUUUGCUAGGUUAGGUACUUCCCUCACGAUGUUUUCUGAACCAUGCUGUCCUCGUUCAAAGACCAAGGCAUCUGCUGAGUCUCAGCUAGGAAUCAGGAGAGCAAUGGCCUCAAGAAUUUAUGGGCAGAAACAACCCAAGAGUCCAUCAAUAGAUGAACAGAUAAACAAAAUGUGGUAUAUUCACACAGCCAUGAAGAGAAAUGAACUUCUGAUACAUGCUAUGGCAUGAAUGAACCUUGAAAACAUACUAAGUGAAAUUAGUCAAACACAAAAGGACAAAUGUUGUGUAUGAUCACACUUACAUGAAAUAACUAGCAUAGGCAAGUACAUAAAGACGAGAGU